AUGUGUGCAGCUCCUGUGGAAAUCUUACGAAGGAAUCCCCAGGAAGAUUUCGAACUUAUACAGCGAGUCGGGAGUGGAACGUACGGAGAUGUUUAUAAGGCCAGAAACCUGAGUUCAGGUGACCUUGCAGCUAUAAAGGUCAUCAAACUUGAACCUGGAGAUGAUUUCGCUGUUAUUCAGCAGGAAAUUGUUAUGAUGAAAGAUUGCAAACAUGCCAAUAUUGUGGCAUAUUUUGGAAGUUAUCUCCGGCGAGACAAGUUAUGGAUUGCCAUGGAGUAUUGUGGUGGGGGAUCUAUGCAAGAUAUUUAUCAUAUCACUGGUCCCCUCAAUGAAACCCAAAUUGCUUUUGUGUGCAAAGAGACACUACGUGGUUUAGAAUACUUGCAUAGCCGUGGAAAAAUGCAUAGAGAUAUUAAGGGUGCUAAUAUUUUGCUCACAGAAGAAGGCGACAUCAAAUUAGCUGAUUUUGGUGUAUCUGCUCAAAUCACAGUCACAAUGUGCAAAAGGAAAUCCUUCAUUGGCACUCCUUAUUGGAUGGCACCAGAAGUGGCAGCAGUUGAGAGAAAAGGAGGAUACAAUCAGCAGUGUGAUAUUUGGGCUGUUGGCAUUACAGCGAUAGAAUUGGCUGAAUUGCAACCCCCUAUGUUUGACCUUCAUCCCAUGAGGGCCUUGUUUUUGAUGUCAAAGAGUGGUUUCAAGCCCCCUCAGCUGAAAGAUAAAAAUAAAUGGUCGACUCUUCUUCAUAAUUUCAUAAAAUUAGCUUUGACUAAAAACCCAAAGAAAAGACCACCAGCUGACAAACUACUUGAGCAUCCAUUCUUACUCCAAAGUGAUCUGUCCAGGAAAAGCACAAAAGAACUUUUAGAAAAAGCCCGCAAUCCUCAACAUCAUUUCACCACAGAAAUGACAGAAGUAGAUGAUGAAGGUUUUCUGCAGAAUGUGCCUCAGAGAAUAUCCUCAGAAAAUUCUAGUCGAGCUCCCAAAAACAGGAACAGUUUAGAAAUUACAAUUGGUCCCUUAUUAAGGGAAUCACAGACAGAAAGGGAGGACCAGUAUGACACAGCUCGUCCGUGGCCAGAGUAUGGAGAUCCCAAAAAGGGGCAUCGCAGUAGCUUAAUAAUGACCCAAGAGGAUGUACCCAUUUCAGAACAGAUGGAGUUAACACUUCAACAAAGACAGCGUACCUUUUCAAUAAAAAGGCCAACUUUACCAGCCAAGUCUGACUCUUCCUGCAAGCCAUCUGCUAGUAUUUCUGAUGGUGAAGAGAAACACGAAGGAGAGACGGCUUGCAAUGAUGAAGAUGAGGAACUUGAGACAGACGAAGGUCCUGAUGUUGAGGGCUUGAUAGACCGGAUGGUGACACUGUGUCCCAGAACGAAGAGGCCAACAGACAUGCCCGAAGAUAACCCUCCAGAGCUUCCACCAAAGAAAAAACACCAUCAACAACAGAAUGGCGAGAUCAAGCACACGACGGAGAAUGGGGGAAUUUUCACAAAUGAAGAGAAACCUCCAAUGUUGCCACCAAAACGUCGAGAGAAGAAAGAAACUAAUAAGACCAGACCUGUUAGUAAUGGACUGCCUCCAACUCCCAAAGUCCAUAUGGGUGCUUGUUUCUCUAAAGUAUUCAACGGUUGCCCUCUUCACAUCAACUGUACAGCAAGUUGGGUGCAUCCUGAUACACGUGACCAAUAUAUUUUGAUUGGUGCCAAUGAAGGCUUGUACACACUCAAUCUCAAUGAAUUGCAUGAAUCUUCUCUAGAACUGCUCCAUGCUCGGCGAUGUGUAUGGUUGUAUGUCAUCAAAGAUGUUCUCAUGUCAAUAUCGAGUAAAACUCCACACCUUUAUAGACAUGAUUUAUUAAUGUUACAUAGUAAACAGACAAAUAGGUUUUCUCUUCCCAUGAAUAAAAUACCUGAACGAUUGGUUCCCAGAAAAUUUGCCACCACCACCAAAGUUCCAGAUAGCCGAGGUUGUAUGAAGUGCUGUGUUGGUCGCAACCCUUACAAUGGUUAUAAAUACCUUUGUGGGGCUUUACCUACUGGUGUGAUCCUCAUGCAAUGGUAUGAACCAUUGAAUAAAUACAUGUUACUCAAGACCUUUGAAUGUGACUCUAUGCCUACCCACCUCGACGUAUUUGAAAUGUUCAUAUCCCCUGAAUUAGAAUACCCAAUGGUUUGUGUAGGGGUGAGAAAAGGCACCGAGAGAAACCAUGUCAGAUUUGAUAUUAUCAACUUGAAUUCUUCAAGCAAUUGGUUUACUGGUAAUUUCUCAGGAAGAAACUGGCGAGAACUAAACAACUUGAGUGAAACUUUACCAGUUGUUAAUGUAACACAAUUGGAAAAGGAGUCAAUUCUCGUGUGCUAUGAUAAAUAUGUCAAGGUUGUGAACAUGGCCGGCAAAUUAAAAGCCAGUCGACGGCGAGCAGCAGAACUUCACUUUGAUUUUCCUGUCGAAUCUCUGGUUUGUUUACAAGACAGCGUUCUCGCAUUUCACAAACAUGGCAUGCAGGGUAGAAGCUUCAAAGCAAAUGAGGUAACCCAAGAAAUCUGUGACAAAACCAGAACAUUUAAAUUACUAGGUUCUGAUCGGGUGAUUAUACUGGAAAGCCGGCCUACAGACCACCCUGACUCCGUCUCCAACCUUUAUGCUUUUGGGGGAUUAUCAGCCGGUUUUGGACAGUGGUCAUCGGGCAGAUUACUUGGCCAACCAUUUGGCCAUUUCAGUUUCCAAGUUUGUAGCGUUCUUUUUCCACCACUCCCCCUUCUCCUCUUUCCCCCCUCCGUGUUUGGUGGUGUUGACAUUCUGCAGCGUGGCAUGCCUGCAUGCCUACCUCUCUCUUGUACGUCUCCCUCCAAUACUGUGUCUGGUUCGAAUGUUACUGACAUCUCUCUUCUCUUUUGUUACUCUCUCUUUUCUUUCCUUACUCUCUCUCUUCCUCAUUCUUACUCUGUACUCUUCAUCAUUCUCUCUCUCUCUCGUCUCUUCCUUAUUCUCUCUCUCUCGUCUCUUCCUUAUUCUCUCUCCUCUUCCUUAUUCUCUCUCUCUCCUCUUCCUUAUUCUCUCUCCUCUUCCUUAUUCUCUCUCUCUCUCUCUCCUCUUCCUUAUUCUCUCUCUCUCUCUCUCCUCUUCCUUAUUCUCUCUCUCUCUCUCUCCCCCACACUUUAUCUUUCUGGAGUGCCAAGAAAGGUUUGUGUCUGA